AUGGAGUUCUAUGAUCGAUAUAAAAGCUCACAUCAGCAAGACUCAUCAGCAAAGGUGAUAGUUGUGGUGGCAUUUGUGGCGGUCGUGGCGGCGUCCGGCUGGGCGAUGCCCAGCUCCUUUGGCGGACGCAACAACGGAGGCGGAGCAUACAGCUCUUCAGGCCGUGGAGCCAGCGGCCAGGGUGGUGGCAGAGGAGGCAACGGAGAAGGUUAUGGUUCCAACGGAGGGGGAAAUGGUCACGGAGGGGGGNNNNAUGGUUCCAGUGGUGGGGGAAAUGGAAGCAACAGAGCCGGAAGUUACAGUGGCUCUAACGGAGGUUCUGGCGACGGUAACCAAAAUGGAGUAGCCAAAGCAACAGUUAGCUUCCACCUCGGCGCUCCACAAGGCAGUGGUAACGGAGGUAGCUAUGAUGGUUCCAACGGUGGGAAUAAUGGAGGUAAUGGUGGCGGUCAUGGAGGAAAUAAUGGCGGCAACGGUGGAGGUUAUGGCGGUUCCAACGGAGGCUCCAGCGGAGAAAAUAACGGAGGCAACGGCGGAGGUUAUGGCGGUUCCAACGGAGGAAAUGGUGGCGGCAACGGCGGAGGUUAUGGCGGUUCCAACGGAGGAAAUAGCGGAGGCAACGGUGGAGGUUAUGGCGGUUCCAACGGAGGAAAUGGUGGCGGCAACGGCGGAGGUUAUGGCGGUUCCAGCGGAGGCUUCAACGGGGGAAAUAACGGAGGCAACGGCGGAGGACAUGGGGGUUCCAGCGGAGGCAGUGGAGGCGGCUACGGAAAAUGAACAUGUUGGUGUAAUGCUUUUUUCAGUUUGUCAGAUAUAUAUUUUUUUUGAGUCGAUGCUACACACAGCCCGUUCGUAAUAAAUUAUUCAAUGCG